AUGGCACUGGAGGCUUCGAAUGGAUGGCUGGCCGUGACCACCAGUCACAAAGUCUGCGCGGAGGUGGGAACUGAAGGGCCCAGAGCCCCAGCGAGCGCCCAGGGCGGCGUGAGCAGAGGGCGUGCAGAGCGUGGGAAGAGGCAGGGCAGGUUGGGCGGACCGCGUGGGCACAGAGCGCCCGACCUUCACCCUGAGCGGGCUGAGGAGCUGCUGAGAGUUCUGAGCACAAGAGGAACCGGAACUACGUUCCCACAGCACCCUUCCGCCGGCGGUGUGGAAGGCAGACCGGGAAGCAAGGGCGGAGGACAAAAGCCAACCCGCUCUCUACUCUCAAAUUGGCUGCUAUUCGCGAUUCCUGAAUCAGAUGACAGGCCAUGCACAAAACAACUUGGAGCCUGCGAGCAGACUCACCAGCCCCCAGCACACCCUCUUGCACACCACCAGCUCCUUGGCCAGAACUUCACCACCACCACCAGCAGCUUCACCUACAACCUCAGGUUCCUGUUCGUCCUCCUUUUUCCAUUUGCCCUUCUGCCCGUUCCUGCUGCUCCUAACAUCAUCAAUAAAUGCAGCUACUUACCACGUACCAUAUGCUUGGCAAUUCUUCCCUUGAAUAAGAACUUGGACUAUUCUUGGGCCUUUCAACUGUAA